UUAUUAAUUUGAUUAAAACCAUUCUGAUAAUCAUUAAAUUAAUCCUAAUCCGACAUGUAUACACAAAUUCGCCCUCGAAUUCCUCUAUGACAUUAUUUUCCCGUCAAACGCGAUAAUAUAUUCGAAUUGACAAUUAUCUGAUUAGGUUGUCUAUACACAUGUACUGAUAUAUAUAGUUACCACUUGCCGAAGUGACAUUUCUCUUGCUCCAUUAGGAUGUAAAUAAAGGGAAAAUGUUAGUUAAACGCAAAAGACUCCUGGACGAAACAAUGCAAGAAGGUAUUGACAAUGCAAAGGAUCUGAGUGCCGCAUACCAAGAAGUGGACAAAGAGGAAGAGAGCCUGCAGAAUGGAGAACUAACAGAAGCCUUAUUUUCGCCACGAAAGUGCUUGACCCACAGAUUCACUGAAAACGUUUCAAAAUUGGUAGACUUGAAUCUGUCUGGCUGCAAGCUGAGAUUCUUGCCAGAAUCCUUUGCAAUGCUCCACUUAUUAAGCUAUUUGAACUUGGACGAUAAUUGUUUCAAUCAUCUACCACUUGUCGUUUGCGAAUUGACCAAUUUGAUGAAAUUAUGGCUACAGAGAAAUUUCAUCAAGGAUAUCGCAAACAAUUUUGGUAAUCUAACAAAGUUGAAAGUUUUAUUUUUGACCAAGAAUCGUUUGGGAAACCUUCCUACUUCAUGUUCCAACUUAAACAACCUCGAGAUCCUUUGUCUGCGCAACAAUUUGUUUACAAAAAUUCCGGAGUGCGUGACGAAUGGUAUGAAACGACUGAAGAAUUUAGAUCUCUCAGGAAAUAGGAUCUUGGAUCUGGAUGUUCAACCAGCAAGCAUUCAAAUUACUUCCUUUCACGCUAACGGUGGCAAUCACAAUACAUCGUUUCCAAUGUGGAUACUCUCAUCGAAAUACAAACACUUGGAUACCGUCUCGUUGAACAAAAUCAGCUUCAAACUUUCGAAUUCGUGUUUGCCAACCGAAGUGUCUUACGUGAGGAAAUUAUCGAUGAAAUGGUGCAAUUUCACGGAAGAUGAAAUGGAGAAAAUAAUCUCAAGAAUGGUACAGCUGGAGGAAUUGACAAUCGAGAAUACCAAGAUCAGCGUUAGAAGCGGUUUAGACAAUUUGCCGUUGACAACCAAAAGAAAUCGAUUGAGCCUUAAACAAGUAACCGUGUCAUGCACAGGACUAAGGACGAUACCGGAAUAUAUAAACGAAUUCGAGAAUCUGUCCAGUUUAGACCUGGAUAACAAUAAUAUUUACAGCUUACCAGAAGAACUUUGUUGCUUGCACAAUUUAGUCUAUCUGACGAUCGAUAACAAUUACUUGACAACUCUUCCCAAGAAUGUCGGCGAUUUAACUUCGUUAAAGGAAUUGAAAUUACGUCACAACCAUUUGGAAGAGCUUCCGGAAAGCAUCAGGUUCUUAAAAGCGUUGGAGUAUCUGGACUUGUACGACAACGAUUUGGAGCAAAUACCGGAAGCUAUCUGCGAGCUGACCGCUUUGAUAGGAUUAGAUCUCGACCAGAAUUAUUUCUCCAUCGAUGACGAUUAUUUCUGGCGUGGUAGGACAGUGUGCUACGAACUUAUGAGAGACGCCUUGAGGAGAAGCAGGCCUGACGAUGUCCAUUAUGGUUUCGAAUCUCUCUAUGGUCCAAAGAUAUAUGCAGAAGAGACAAGAUCACCGUCGAGUUUGUACACAUUUAGUUACGAGGAGAAAUACGACGACUAUUCGACUGUUUUAUCGGAAGCGGAACCAGAACCAGAAUCAGAACCGGAACCGGAACCGGAAACGGAACCAGAAACCAUUUACCAAGAGAACGAGAACUGGGACUCUGAGGACUCGACCGACGAUUUCGAUCCUUACGAGAUAAAGGAGCCGAAGAAAUGCAGUUACUCGCCAUUCACCUUUUACAAACCGUUUCAACAAGUUUAUUGCCCCAGUGAGUUUCACGAGAUUUCUGUGAUAACACGCGUCAUCCAAAUGCUUCAGAACGGAACUCUGGAUCGCUCGUUGGAAUACGAGGAAGGCCAAUUCGAAGAUCCUUAGAGGCUUGAAUCAUUGGCACCUAAGUACAAAUAAAUAUAAUAUUAGACAA